UGCGUGCGCAGGAUCUAUUGGCUGACGUGCUCACGCGCCUGACACUGGGCUGCUCCGCUGCUAACUCAGUGGUCUGAAGGAUCCUGCAGAGCUGCGGAGAACAUUACAGCCGGUAAACACCAUGGCGGCCCCGAGCAGCGUCUUCUGUCGCUUGUUACACACACACAACUCUUCUCCUCUGAGGAAACUCUACCUGCAGCUCGCGGGCAGCAGCAGCAGCAGCGCGCGGCGGCCAUACUCGCACCAGGAGACCGAAGUUGAACUUGGAGAGUCGCAUGAAGCAGCUGCUGCUGUCGCCAACUUCAGCCCAGCGGUGAAAACCAACCGGAGACAGGAGCGACUGAGAGACGACAAUUUCCUUCCCUUCUCAGCAUUCUUGACCGACAACUUUGGCCGGAGGCACAGUUACCUACGUAUCUCCCUGACAGAGAAAUGCAACCUGCGCUGUCAGUACUGUAUGCCAGAGGAGGGGGUGAAGCUUACACCACGGAGCCAGCUGCUGUCCACCUUGGAGGUCCUGACCCUGGCUCGCCUCUUUGUCCAGGAGGGGGUGGACAAAAUCCGCCUCACUGGAGGGGAGCCCCUCAUCAGACCUGAUGUGCUGGAAAUCAUUGCAGAACUGAAGAAGCUGGAGGGCCUGAAAACCGUAGCAGUAACAACCAAUGGCAUGAACCUGGCCAGACUUCUGCCUAAGCUGAAAGAUGCCGGCCUUGACCUUAUCAACAUCAGCCUGGAUUCACUGGUCCCCGCCAAAUUUGAGUUUAUUGUCAGGCGGAAAGGGUUCCACAAGGUUAUGGAGGGCAUUGAUAAGGCCAUUGAAAUGGGCUACAACCCUGUCAAGGUCAACUGCGUGGUCAUGCGAGGCGUCAAUGAGGACGAGCUGCUAGAUUUUGUGGCGCUGACAGAAAAGAAGCCUCUGGAGGUGCGCUUCAUCGAGUACAUGCCCUUCGAUGGCAACAAGUGGAACUUUAAGAAGAUGGUGAGUUAUCAGGAGAUGCUGGACCGCAUUAAGCAGCAGUGGCCCAAACUGGAAAUGCUUCAAACUGGACACACAGACACUGCCAAGACAUUUAAAGUAGAAGGCUUCAAAGGUCAAGUGGGCUUCAUCACCUCCAUGUCUGAACAUUUCUGUGGCUCCUGCAACCGCCUGCGCAUCACUGCAGAUGGGAACCUCAAGGUGUGUUUGUUUGGCAACUCUGAGGUGUCUCUUAGAGAUGUCCUGCGUUCUGGAGCCUCACAUGAGGAGCUACUGCAAAUCAUCGGAGCAGCAGUGGGCAGGAAGAAGAAACAGCACGCAGGCAUGUUCAGUAUCUCCCAGAUGAAGAACAGGCCUAUGAUCCUCAUUGAGACUUUGACAGAGUCUCUGACGAACUCACAUGACAGUCAGAGGGCGUCCUCCAUUGUUCUCCAGCUCGCAAACGACACACUCCCCUCUCAAGCAACGGCUCCUCACAAAGCUCUUCCAGGCAGCAGAGUCCUGAGUAGAGAGCGGUUUUUGUGCCUUUCAGAUCGCAUCGCUUCAACACCAGCAGACAAUGUUGGCUGCUCUAGAACCUUAACAAGUGGGGGAACCCAUUUGUGGAGAGAGAAAGAAAAACCUAAUGUGACAGACAACCUCCACAGUGUAGCACCGCACCACCGCACCACACGCACAACUGUCACAGGCAACAUUGAUGAAGACUGUCUCAGGUAUGCACAAGCCAGGGGUCCUAAAGCUUUGAAGAGCCACGUACACAGGACCACAGGAAUAUCGAUUUUUUGCACAUUGAUGAAUCCCAAAAUAAAUCUUAACCAUCGCAGUGUUCGACUGUGCCUCAAUCACAACUCCAGCCAAGACCCCAGCGCCAAACUCAGACAAUCUGUGAGUGGUCAGAACAACACUCACCUGGAUGGAACCACAGAGGCCCAGCUGACGCACACAGACGCCCAGGGCCGAGCCACCAUGGUGAACGUUGGGGGGAAACUUCCCACACGUCGAACAGCCACGGCACGUGCCACUGUCGUCUUAGGUCCCACUGCUUUCCGGCUGCUUCAAGAUAACCAGCUGGCGAAGGGUGACGCCUUGUCUGUGGCGCAGUUGGCCGGCAUCAUGGCUUCCAAGCAGACGUCAGCCCUCAUCCCGCUCUGCCACCCGCUCCCUUUAGACCACACCUCUGUCACCUUUGACCUGAAGGAGCUGCAGAACACCGCGGUCAUCACAGCAAUGUGUAGCACCACAGGCAGGACCGGAGUCGAGAUGGAGGCUUUGACGGCUGUGUCCGUGGCUGCGCUGACCAUCUAUGACAUGUGCAAGGCAGUCAGCCAUGACAUCAUCAUCACAGAUGUGAAACUGGUCAGUAAGACGGGCGGGAAGAGGGACUUUCAUCGACAGCCUUGACCACCUCCUCCAACAGUGAAUCUGACGCAGGAAAGAAGCUUCAAAACGAUUGAAUUUUCACUGGGAUCAUAAUAGCUUUAUAAGAAAUAAAAUGAAUGCCAUGAAAAUGAUUUGAAAUAAUCUCAAAGAAAUGCCACAUUCAAUAUUUUUGCCUCCAUCUGCUAAACUCUGCCUAUAGCUCACUGGAGAACCAGUCAUAUUGGACCAGUUUAGUUAUUAGAUCUUACACUUACCAUGGACUGUGUCUAAAGAGGGACAUCGCGUCACCACUUCUUCCCACUAAGCAGAAAUAAAGUUAAAACAUCCCAAAUACGAACAUCACCAUGUUGCACAUUUGUAGUCGGGAUGGUAGCAAGGUCUUGCUGAUACACAAACUCCACCAAUCAUGAGUCAGUCCCAGCUGUCAGUCAUGAUGUUGGCCUGUUUUCAUAUCGUCAAAUAACUAAUUCAAACCAAACUUAGCAAAAGAAAAUGCACUUGAACAAACAUCAGUGUAAUUAGAACUUAACUUUGACUUCAGUUUGGUUCACACCCCAUCCACUAACAUGGAGGAGGCAUGGUUUAUCAUACUGCAGACAGCCACUAGAGGGCGAUGACGAUGCUUUGGCUUCACUUUUGGGGAGCUGUGAUGUCGUCCGCCUUUAUACACAGUCCAUGCUCUUCUCACACUAAAUGACUCAUGUUAUUCAAACAGUAUUACUUUUAUCAUGUAUCUAACAGUGUUAAGCUAAUAAUUCCAGUGUCAUACAUGAGAUAAUAUUUAUUUUAAUACAUUAACUGUGCAACAGGUGGAGGGUUUAGAAUAGAUGUAGGGCUGCAAUGUUUCUGUUUGACUCUAGAGGGCAUUGUAGUAUCGCUUUAAAAAGCCUCUGGGAGGUUUUCAGUGAAGAAAAACGACAUGAAUGUUGAAGAUGAUUUAAUUAUGGAGGUCGACAAAGAAUGAAGUAACAACAGAGUGAUGAGAGAUGUUUCUGUGUCCUGGCUGUUUUUCUCAGGUUUGUGUCAAACAUGUCUUCCUCUCAGUAGCUGCUGGAAUUAACAGAAUGUUUUUGUGACUUAAUUAAUUUGUAUACGUGACAUGAAUCUUCUCAGUUUUUGUCCGUGACACUAAUCCGUAAAGAAAUUGUCUCAACUUGAGCAUUUAAUCAAAUGUCAUUCUAUUUCUUUGUUUCAUUCUACCUCUGUAGUAAAAUGUUAAUGACUAAUAUGACAAAUAACCAAUUACACUGCCUAAGAGAGAGUGUAAUUAAUGUUGUUUGUUGAUUUAAUAUUGGCUCAGCAUGUAUAGUAUAAUGAUAUGAAAAUGAGUGAACAGCCUGAUGCAGCAUGUCACUUUCAUUUUGUCACAGUUACUGUAGAAAGUGCAGAACUCAAUAUUGCAAUUUUUGUAUUAUAGCUUUAUUGCUUCCAGCUCACUUAAAUAGACCGCUCUGUUUUGAAAGAAUUAAAUACAAACUGUAAGCCA